AAAGAAAUCACGCCUUUGGAAGGCUUCUACCUAUAAAUUCAUCACUCAAAUAGCGAUUUUCCUUUCUGCAAAGGAGCUUUCUCUACCGGGAGGAGAUAUUAUUUAGUGAUUGACUUCGGUUGACUCGUCUUCACGAGUGCUGAAAUUCAAAGAUUGUCACUGAAGAUGACAAAGGAAGAAGGGAAAGGACAAAAGGGAAAAGAACGGGCUGGCAAUGAAGCAGGAAACAGACCAUCUGCCGAAGAAGAGGAAUCAUCAAAACAAUUGGCUGAAGAAGAAAACAAGGAAAAUAUGCACACUGGGACUGGGACUGCCAAUGAAGCAGACAACAAACAAUCAUUUGAUGAAAAGAUGGUAAGGGAGGAGAAGAAAAUUAAAAGCUUUGGAGAUUUUUUCGCAGAAUUAGUGGAGUUGGAGUUAAACCGCCUGAUGGAACAGAUCAAGGGAGCAGAAGAAAUGUUAAAGGUAUGAUCGAUGAUCUUUAAUUUAUGCACUUUCUAUCAAAACCUAGAGGAGAUGGAUUGAUGAUCCAUGAGAUAAUAGCAAUUACAAGGGUUUGGGCAUUAGUUUUCAUGGUUAAUUAAUGAUCUUCCAUAUUGAUCAAUGGGAGAAAAGCAGAAGUUUUGAAUUAAUUGAGGUCAUUGAGUAGCUUCUGUGGUUAAAGAGGAAGCUGGAAAGUGUUGCAUGUAUGUAGAUGAGAUAAAAAGGUUGUUAGAACAACAGAUGAUGUGUGUUUGAGGCCAAGCAGCUAGCUCUGGAGUUUUACAUCGUACUGUGCAGAGUUCCCUUUACUGUUUGUAAGGAUAAUUUUGUAUAUUGUCAAGUACAAGUGAUGGUUUUCUUUGUAAUUAAAGAUUUCAUGUAUGA